AAUUUGCUGCUGCCGGUCGGUUUGGUUCAUGCGGCUGUGUUCGCGUCGCGCUGGCUUUGUCUUCUUAUCAUGACGCGUCCGUUGCAGACGCGUUGUUGGGCGAUUUCCCAGCUUAUGCAGGUUUCUUUUUCGCUACAAGAGAACGAGACAGUUGUCUAAAGGAAUGAAAUAUAUUUUGACUUGUCUGAUUUACGCUUUCAAGGCUUUGAUAUAGUAAAGUCUACACUCAUGUACCGUCCGUGGCUUCCCGCGCACAGGAGAUACAGAGGCGAUGCUUCUCAGGCAAGAGAAGAGGAAAGAAGAGUGAUGAACGGGCGACUCGCUGAUAGCCAGACUCACUCUUUAAGACAGACUACAGCGAGGCCUCGUCAAGAAGGCUUUCGGUCCGACAAUGGUAGAACCCCUAUAAUGACAUCAACCUCCGCUACGGCUCAGGUCGCAUAUCCUUCAGGCCCGCUAUUGUCCAGUUAUAUUCCAACAUCAAUUCGACCGAAUGGACUUUCUAAUAUGAGUACUGCUCGUCCAAAGAAGCGCUCAUCAGAUGGAGAUAAUCGGGCGAACUCGUCUACCCCCAGCACUCCGGCUAAGCGCUCCAGGCCGCUAGCAGAGAGAUCAGGGAACAUGGAUCGCUCGGCAAGAAGGGACAGGUCAGAGUCUACAGGACUUGGCUAUUCUUCUGCGAGUCAAGAUAUUAUCAGCCUUUUGUCUGAUGACGAGUCUCAGCUGCCGCAAUCGAACGAUAUGCGUGAGAACGCGAGUCAAGAAAUCAUCUCCCUUCUAUCUGACGACGAGUCUGAGCUGCCGCAAUCGAGCAAUAUGAAUGAAAGCAGUCAAACAUCGUUGGUAUCCGAACAAGAUACCGCCAGCUCGAUUGACCCAUCUCUCGAUAUAUAUGAUGGUUCAAGUGAAGAUAGAAACUCGAGAUCCUCAGACUUUGACGAGAGUGAAGAUGAAGACAGAAGUUCCUCAUUAUUCGACGAGAGUGAAGACGAUGAAUGGUUUUCAAAUCAUGAAGACGAGUCAGAUUUAAAAUACUCUUCGUCUAAGUUUGACUGGGGAAAAUACUGGAGAAGACACUGGAGAGAAUACCGGAGAAAUUGGGCACUCACAGAUUCGGAAGAAGACUCUGACCGUGACGGAAGUGACAGAGGUCACUUUAGCGGCGGUGAUUACGACGACAACAGACUCGAACCGCGUAGGUGGAGGGAGGAUGACCCCAGCAAAUUACACGCAGAGACACACGGUGCAACGCGGGAUAUCGACAUCAGUCGGAUCGACAAUAAACUGAAGAACUUCAUGGACUUUAGCGUGUCUCAGUUUCAGACAAAGUCAAAGACGAGAGGCCGUCCGAAGAUUUACAAGAAAGGUAUCCCGAGACUUCGAGAUAUUGCGUUCAACGCAGUAGCGACACACUCCACUUCACUGACCCCCGCGCUCUUGCAAUGCGUCGGCUUCGAGCCACUUGGACAUUUAUUGUUUGACACCCUUCUCAAGAGUCAACGGAUAAGUUUGAGACUUUACAAGACAUUCGUGGACGUCUACUCUGCAGAACUUGCAAAUAGAGGUGCGGCCUACAAGAGAAGGCUCUCGGGAAAGGCGGAUCAGAAAGCCUAUAACCGGUACAACCGUCAAUUCCACUGGAACAGUAUUCCAGGAAACUUGACCAAGGAGCUCGAAGGAAGCUUGAAAUGGCUCGUGUACUUGGAACUAUCAGAUACCGCUGCAAACGCCAGCGAAUCGCUCUUAUCGAUCGUCCAUAUUCCAAUGCUGGCGGCUCUGCAGCUUACGGUACGGCCACGUACAGCAACAAAAUCUUCUCCGUGGUCGGUUCUGAAUGAUCGAAUGCUGAAAUCAUUUGCCACGUCUAUGGAGCUCGACAACAAAUGGCAAUUUCUACGCGUCCUCAUCAUCGAUGUGAUAGGCGGAGGCGGUCAGUCACCGCGUGCAAUAACAAGAGAUGGGCUACGAAGUAUACUCUCAGUUCCGAAUCGAAUACGAUAUCUUGAAUGCGCAAAGUCUUGCAUCCCGGUAGUGGUGUGCCGAGAGCCCGUCAUACCACAAGAUCCCGCUCAAUUUUCGUCGAAAGCCGGCGCCCCACUCGGUUGGACGAGGAUCAAAACGUUCAGAACCGAAGACCCCAAGACCUGCUCGCUACCACUGAAGUAUAACCGGGUGCUCCAGAUAAUUGACGAAAAGAGUCUGCAACUACCGGACCUAAGUCUGUGCUUUGCUGAAGAGGAGAGCGCGCACUCCAAAUCGGCGGAUGAGAUAUUAGGCUCAAAGGAUUCCCAGGAUUCCCAUUAUAUCCUUGACGGGAUAAUUCUAAGACGGGACAACCGAAUGCAAAAGCAGCAGACCACACCUCAGCCUGAGCUCGAACGACGCAAAAGAGAGUCUAUUAUUCGAAAGGGAGUCACCGUAAGGCACAGAGUGGAUAUGAAUAGCCUACUUGAUUUGUAA